GAAUGCAAUUCCCUCCUCCCAUCCCGAGUAAGGGAUUUGGCGAUUCUUCUGUGUGUGUGUCUCUCUCUCUCUUUCUCUCUACCUGCGGGCGACGAAGCCAAGGGCGUCGAUCGAUCCAUCGAUCCCGUGAUGGGUUCCGGCGAUCUCCUGGACGUCGAGCCCCUCGAGCUCAAAUUCCCUUUCGAAUUGAAUAAGCAGAUCUCCUGCUCGCUGCAGCUAUCGAACAAGACGGAGGACUUUCUCGCUUUCAAGGUCAAGACGACGAAUCCGAGGAAGUACUGUGUUCGGCCCAAUGUUGGGAUCAUUUUGCCUCGAUCCACAUGCGAUGUUGUUGUUACGAUGCAAGCGCAGCGGGAGGCUCCUUCAGAUAUGCAGUGCAAGGACAAAUUUCUGCUUCAGAGUAUUGCCACCAGCUCCACCACUACUUUGAACGACAUAACCCAAGAGAUGUUCUCAAAGGAGCCAGGCAAAACAGUGGAUGAGGUCAAGAUACAAGUUGCGUAUGUUUCGUCACCUCAGCCACCUUCUAAUGUUUAUGAGCAAUCUGAGGACGGAGGCACUUCACCUGACCCCUUCAGUUCGGACAAGGCAUCAGGGCAACAACAAAAAGAGCCCGAAGAAAAGGCUAUGGCUUUGAUAUCAAGGUUGACCGAGGAGAAGAAUUCUGCUUUGCAACAGAACAGUAAGCUUCGCCAGGAAGUGGAGCUUAUGAGGCGAGAAAUUGGCAAACGGCGAGGAGGAUUCUCCUUCAUGUCUCUGGUGCUAAUUGCUCUUCUGGCUGUCCUCGUGGGCUAUCUCGUGAAGAAAUAAUUUUUUCUUGGGGUCGUUGCUUCGAGCCAACUCGUAGAAGAGAGAGAGAGAGGGGGUGUGGAAUCGUUUUCGAGUCGACUAUUUUACCUCUUUGUAGAUUUUGUAACACACUCAUUAAAGGUUGAUAUGUUUUCUGGUUAUUUUCGUGUACUCGAGUGAUUUUAUAGUCUCCGAGUCCGUGUUGUAUUGUCGAGUGUUUAUUUGAAGCCUUUGAAAUA